AUGAGGGCUUUCUUGUGUGCUAUAGAUGAGUCCGUUUGGGAUUCCGUUGAGAAUGGGUAUGUUAAACCCACAAUAGCCAAGUCUGAAUGGGACAAGGUAGAUCUUACAUUAGCUAAUGUGAAUAGUAAGGCCAUUAAUGCUAUAUUCUGUGGUGUGUCCCCGGAUGAGUUUCAUAGGAUAUCACACAUGGAGACAGCUAAGGAAGCUUGGACGAUCCUUGAGACUACCUAUGAGGGUACCAAGAAAGUCAAGGACACGAAGCUCCAAAUGCUUACCACCAGAUUUCAAGAGCUUAAGAUGGGAGAUGAUGAGGCUUUUGAUUCUUUUUAUGGAAAACUCAAUGAAAUUCUAGGACUGCCUUCUCAUAAAUCAAGCAAAUCUCUUGCUCUUAAAACCAUCACCGAGAGAAUGGACGACUCCUCCAAAGAGGAUGAUAUGGAGAAAGAAGUAGCAUUCCUUGCAAAGAACUUUCGAAAAUUUCUGAAGAUGAAAAAUAGUGGGAAGCCUUUUAGCAAAGAAAAGUUUUCGUCCUCCAAAGGUGAUAGGAAGGAGUUUAAGAUGAAAGAUGGGAAGGAGUUUCAAUCCCCUCAAGGAAUUUUUUGUUACGAAUGCAGUGGCCAUAGGCAUCUCAAGAAGGAGUGUCCUAACAACCUGAGAGGGAAGGGUAAAGUGUUUGCCACUACCUUUAGUGAUUUUGAUAGCUCAAACUCAAACACUAAAGGAGAAUGUGACAGUGAAGGGAAUUAUAGGGCUUUUAUAUCUAUUGCCUCAGUUGAGUGA